CCGAUUGCAGUGAACAGUGCUAGAGAAGAUGGAGGUAUUCGCGCCCGAAAUAGUCCGAGUUACGAGUCAGCAAUGAACAGUUUCAAGUAUUUGGAGGAGUUCGGGAGGAAUAAUAAUAAAAAUAAUAAAUCGGUGUUUGAUCUUGACGUCGUCGUCGUCGUCGUCCGUCAAGAAGAAGAAAUGGUGGUGAAGUGCGACGAGGAAGUGGAACGCGAGUGAGCGAUCGGUGAGACCGCGAGCACCGCGAGCACCGCGAGCACCGCGAGCACCGCACAAUAAAAGUCAUUCCGCCGCACAGUAUGGCCUCGGUCGCCGCUUGGCUGCCAUUUGCCCGGGCGGCGGCCAUCGGUUGGGUGCCUAUCGCCACACACCCGCUCCCGCCGCCUCCGAUUCCUAAGGAUCGACGCAAAGCCGAUGACGAGAAACUCCUCAUCAACGUUUCAGGACGGCGGUUUGAAACGUGGCGAAACACCCUAGAGAAAUACCCUGACACACUUCUUGGCUCAAACGAGCGCGAAUUCUUUUACGAUGAAGAAUGUAAAGAGUACUUUUUUGAUCGAGAUCCGGACAUUUUCCGACACAUUCUCAACUAUUACCGCACUGGAAAACUGCACUAUCCGAAGCACGAGUGCCUCACUAGCUACGAUGAAGAAUUGGCUUUCUUCGGGAUUUUACCGGACGUUAUCGGGGAUUGUUGCUAUGAGGAUUACAGAGAUCGCAAACGUGAAAACGCUGAAAGACUCAUGGAUGAUAAACUUUCCGAAAACGGUGACCAAAAUUUACAACAAUUGACCAACAUACGGCAGAAAAUGUGGCGGGCUUUUGAAAAUCCACACACUUCAACAGCGGCUUUAGUAUUCUAUUACGUUACAGGAUUCUUUAUUGCUGUUUCUGUGAUGGCAAAUGUAGUAGAGACGGUUCCUUGUGGAAGCAGACCGGGAGGAGCUGGCUCCUUACCGUGCGGUGAAAGAUACAAAAUUGUAUUUUUCUGUUUAGAUACUGCUUGUGUUAUGAUUUUCACAGCUGAAUAUUUAUUAAGAAUGUUUGCAGCCCCAAACCGAUAUAAAUUUGUUCGCUCCGUUAUGAGCAUUAUCGAUGUUGUAGCCAUUCUACCUUAUUAUAUCGGUCUGGGCAUCACCGACAACGAUGAUGUUUCCGGUGCUUUUGUUACUUUGAGAGUCUUCCGGGUUUUCCGAAUUUUUAAAUUCUCACGUCAUUCCCAAGGUCUUCGUAUCUUAGGUUACACUCUCAAAUCGUGUGCUUCCGAACUUGGUUUUCUUGUAUUUUCACUAGCUAUGGCUAUUAUCAUCUUUGCUACCGUGAUGUUCUAUGCCGAAAAGAACGUCGGUAAAACAAAUUUCACUUCCAUCCCUGCCGCCUUCUGGUAUACCAUCGUCACGAUGACUACACUAGGAUACGGCGAUAUGGUUCCGGCGACUAUAGCAGGAAAAAUUGUUGGCGGCGUCUGUUCCCUGAGUGGUGUCCUUGUAAUUGCAUUACCCGUACCUGUUAUCGUUUCUAAUUUCAGCAGGAUUUACCACCAGAACCAAAGAGCGGACAAACGCAAAGCUCAAAGAAAAGCUCGUUUGGCUCGUAUUCGUAUUGCCAAAGCAUCGUCAGGGGCGGCUUUUGUCAGCAAGAAAAAAGCAGCGGAGGCUCGAAUCGCCGCUCAAGAAUCAGGCAUCGAACUCGACGGUGACAACUACCGCGAAGAAGACAUUUUCGAGUUGCAACACCACCAUUUGCUGCGUUGUUUGGAGAAAACCACCGAUCGGGAAUUCGUCGAACUCGAGGUGCCGUACAAUGGCCACCCUAAAAGGCCCGGUUCGCCAUCCCCUAUGGCAAGUCCAGCACAUUCGGCCGUUUCAAUCGGCUUAAUUCAGUCCUGCUGUGGCCGAUGUUGCCCUCGCAGGUACCAACAAGCCUGCGGAAAAUAUAUGCCAGCAGCGUCGGCGGCUCAGUCGAAUCAAACAGGCGGCGGUAUGGACGGCACUUAUCUUGUGGAAGCGUCAUUUUAAACACGACGGCCGGGCCGGAACAUAUCAAUCUACCGCCUUGUGAUGGUUACGUCUCGGUCGCGAUUCCGGUUUCUUCGUUUUCCAAACAUCGAUUCUAUUGUGUUGACAUGUGUAGUGUAAAUUGUGAUAUAGAUGAUAAAUAAACUGACAAUUGAUCUAAAUGUACGUACUUACACAAUAAACCGACUUAUUCUACACUCGUUUCAUAGACUUUAUGGUGUACCUAUUGUAAGAUAGGUAUAGGGGGUUGUUCUUCAGUUCUUCAAUUUCGAUUAAACGGACUCGCGUUUGUUUAUACAUUUUUUGUUUAUUACUAAUACAUUCCUUUGGCGUUUGAUUUUUUAUUUUGAGCUCCUUAGUACGAGUCUUAGCCGCCAUCUUGGAACUGGAGUUAACACCAUGUAACUACAUACCUAAUACCUACUUAAUUAUAGUAAUUGCAUAAAUCGUUUUACAGUCUUACUAAUUAGGGAAAAACACGUUACGUGUUAAAAUAAAUAAUUAGUUAACUAUAUAAAAAGAAGAGAGAUAGUAGCUAUAUUGUAAAAUUUUAAGCUACCUAUAGGUACCUAUAUCUAGAAUUUAACGAAUUUGUCUUUCACAUUGUUUUGUCUUCACCAUUCUUUUAAAAAUGAUCGUUUUGUUUCGAUUAUAUAGUUUAAUAAACAAAUAAAUUUUCC